AUGGAGAAAACCAAUGUUACGUGGAUGAGUGAUUUCUACCUUACAGAACUGUCUGAUCUUCGAGAAGUGCAGAUUUCCCUGUUUGUGAUGAUUCUACUAAUCUACAUAGUCACCCUGGCAGGGAAUGGGGCGAUCCUCCUGGCAAUAGGGACUGAUGACCAUCUCCAGGCCCCCAUGUACUUCUUUCUCAGCCAUUUGUCUUUGCUGGACAUUCUUUGCCCAACUGUAACUGUACCAAAGAUGCUUCAAAUCAUCUUGUCAGAGGACAAGAGAAUAUCAUUCACAGGCUGCAUGCUACAGGUAUUCUUUCUGAUUGAUGUGGUCAGCACUGAAGUUUUUUUGCUAGCAGUGAUGGCCUAUGACCGCUAUGUGGCUAUAUGUAGGCCUUUACAUUACACAAGCAUCAUGAAUAAGCGGUUGUGUGCUCAGCUGACUGCUGGGACCUGGUUGUUGGGUUUCAUCAAUUCCAUGGUUCAUACCUCACUGACCUUUUCUUUAUCCUUUUGUGGACUGAGUAAAGUUAACCAAUAUUAUUGUGACCUUCACCCAGUGAUGUCUCUCUCUUGCUCUUCUACCUUUCUUUCAGAGUUGGUUGUUCUCCUUGUGGCAGGUGCUGUAGGAGGUGCUGCUUUCCUAGUUACUCUAAUUUCUUAUAUCUAUAUAAUUUCUGCCAUCUUGAACUUGCCCUCAGCAGAGAGCAGGCAGAAAGCCUUUUCCACCUGUGGGUCCCAUUUGACUGUAGUUUGCCUGUUCUAUGGGGCUGCCAUCUCCACCUAUGCUCGUCCUGCAUCUACUUAUUCCCAAACACACGUCAGGAUUAUUUCCAUGUUAUAUGGGGUUGUUACCCCCAUGCUGAAUCCAAUGAUCUACAGUCUGAGAAAUAAGGAAGUGAAAAAGGCCUUGGUCAAAGAACUUUGUUUGAAAUUAUUUUUGUGA